AUGUCAAUGGAAAUGAGCAAUUUAAAUCGAAUCAAUAUUCAAAAGAACGAUGGGGAGCGUAUUACCUUCCGUUUUCAAGACAACAGUAGCGUUGCCGAUAUCGAUGUUGCUCUUCGAAAUACAUUAUCCAUUUCAAAUAAUCAAAAAUAUUCCAUAAGUUACAAGGAUAAAGAUACUGGUCAAGACAUUUACAUUGCGGCUAAUGGAAGCAUGCUACGUGAAUGUCUUACAGAAAAUAUUAAUCAAUUGAAUGUAUUUGUUGCUCCAUCAACUUCUGCUCCAUUACCAUCAUCAUCAUCAUCCCAUAGCAAAAGUGAUGAAGGCACCGAGCUAGUACAACGAUGGCCUGAAUUGAUGAAAAUUAUUGAUCGUCGAAUUCAUCGUUGGACAAGUCGUUCAGAUAACACAGUGGAUAAAAAUAUUAAUAACAGCUAUGAAUGCUUGCUGGAGACAAAUCAUCUUCAUACUACUUCUCGACCUGGCGAAUCUAUUUAUUAG